GCAAAGCUUUUAUUAAGCAUAGGAGAAGCAAUUAAGAGAGAAUCAAGUGGUUUAAAAUACCGGUCCCACAGUUCCAUAAAAUAAGCAAACCACAUUAUAUAAUUUUCUCGAUAAUGACGAGUAACACGUCAGAACGCAAAUCGCUUAACAAAACAAGCCAAAACCCAGGUAAUUAAUUAAUUCCACCUAAAUCCCAAGGAUAUUUCCGUAAUUCCACUCAUAGUCAGAAAAGAAAUGUUUGAUACGCGUCUCUGUGAGGCCCAUAUUCCAUCGCCAUUGCCGACCUCUCCUUCUCUUCAUAUCCCCUUUCACCUCCGCUCUCUCCACCCCCAAAAUUCACCUGUCCUCUUCCUCUUCCUCUUCCCUCUUUCUCUAGCUAAAGAAUCUUCAAUUUCGUUUCUGAAAUCUUGGACGAGAGGUGAUUUGAAUCAGAAGAAUCGAUCCAGAAAUGGCUCAAAAGACGGAGAAGGAAGAGACUGAAUUCAAGGUGCCAGAAACUCUUGCCUUGUGUGUUAAUAAUUGUGGAUUUACUGGUAAUCCUGCCACUAAUAAUAUGUGUCAGAAAUGUUUUAACGCUACCACUAGCACCUCUAAUUCCACGACGGCGGCACCUGCAACUACAGCAUCAUCAGCCCUUGGUGUCUCAUCCGGGAGCGAGAUCUCGAGUAAAUCACCUAGAUCUAGCACAUCUCGAUCUCCUGUGAGAGAUCCGCUUUCGGAGACGAGUCAAAAGGCGGAGACAUCGAUAGAUCGGGAAAAAUCCGACGUAGCGCUGGCUAAGAGGGAGGUGAAUCGGUGCUCGUGCUCAGGAUGCAGGAAGAAGGUUGGGUUGACCGGAUUUAGAUGCCGUUGUGGAGAGCUGUUCUGCUGGGAACACCGGUAUUCUGAUCGACACGAUUGCAGCUACGACUACAAAGCCGCCGGCCGGGAGGCGAUCGCUAGAGAAAACCCCGUGGUCAAGGCGGCGAAGAUCGUUAGAGUUUGAUAAAGAAAGAAAAAAGUCAAAUUUGAACAGAAAACUUCCAAAAUUUCACGAUGAUCGAUACUCUCGAUCUGAUCAUUUCUCUUUUUUCCUCUACGAAGAGAUAGAGAUGUCUUCGGCUAGUGAGAGAUUUUAGGGAGAGGAAAGGAGAUCGAUCGAUGAACCUGAAUCCAAUCAAUCAUGGUUUCGAAGACCAUCCAGAUCAAAAUUCUUCUAUAAAUCUUCUCUUUAUUUGUCUUUUUCUUGAAAUGAAAAAUCAUUAUUAUUAUUAUUAAUAUGAUUAUUAACGUUAUUAUUGUGGAAUCGUGUUUGCUGUUUGAUGUUUUUUCUUCAGUGUGUUGGAGAGAGAGAGAGGUUUAGAUAUGGCAAUGGCAUGUGAAUGUAAAUUAGAAGAAAUCUUUAUGGUUUUUGUGUCA